AUGACAACCACACAACACGAUCAAACAAAGAACGAGUCUACUUUGUCCAUAGUGCCGAAUCAAGGAAUCACGGCUACGACGAGUUCGAACACGGUGCAGCAGAACGACGAGACAUCCACGAAUGCAUGCCAACCACAGCAGUCCUUGGACUUUAUUGGCACAGCCCAUGCUGUCAAAUCGCUGUUUUCGGUACCUCAUCAUGCAUCUGAUCAGCCCUUAUGUCUAGCAGUACACAACAUUGAUGGAACGCUGAUAAUUGACAAUACGAAUUUGGAAUUGGAUUCUCAAGAACCUCAGGAGAAGGACGAAGCAUCUCGUCGAAUACCUGGCCAGGAGGCGUCAUACAUCAAUGGUGAAGCUUCCUGUAAAAGUAGUUCCUCGCUGGUCCUGUCUCCAAAAAUUGAGCGCUCUUUGCAGUCCAAAAAGAAUCCACAGGCCGAAGCAUUGCAACAUUUGGCAGGAAUUCUAAAACAGGCCAAGCAACAUGAAGGGAGCGACUCGUCAUCAUCCGUGCUAGACAAUUACUCGAAGCCUGUCCGGGAAUACAUCCAAUGGAAAUUCAAAGACAUGGAUUUUCUGGUAGGAUCUGAUAAUAUUGUUGUAAAGCCAGAAGGCAAGCAAAAACCAGUAUCGAUACGAAUUGAAGAAGUGAACAAGCUUCGGGCGCUAUUGAAAGAAUCAAAGGACGAAUCACAGAGACAGAAAAUAGUUGAGGAACUGACACGAAAAGAACGAGAAGAAAGAUCUUACGCCCAAGCUUUGGUGCAACAGCAACAAAAAGAAAAUGUAGAAAAGGGAAAUGGCAGAAAUGGACCACACCAGUUCUCGUCAGAUAUGUUGGAUCAAGUGGCACUGCAAACGUGUAUCGUGCCUUCCCAAGGGCCUUAUGGGAGCGUCUUGAACGGAUCCUCCUCCCCCAUGAACUCUGUCUCCCCUGAAUCGUCGUCGUCGCAACCACCAACCGGAAGCUCGCCAGUCUCUGUGGUUCUGGACACCUAUCUUGACAACAUCAUGGCCAAUAUUCCCCAGCUAGCUCUGUGCCUCGAGGAAAAAGGUAUCUUGCGGAGCGUCAAACUGUUGCAGACGGAAGAUAUUCCCUCCAUGAUGCUACAUUCCAAAACAUUGGACACGUCCACCCCAAUUGAUACCGUGAUUUCUUCCGAGUCAGAGGACGACCUAUUUUCUCCAGAGAUUAUGGAAAUGAAUGCAUCGGCUCUACUGCGCUUUUUAAAGGCAAACUGCACCAGCAACAAUUCAACCUACUUGUUGCGAAGAGAUCCAGGCAACGGUCCCAAUAACAUUCAGCUAUAUGACAUUUCAUCGAUAUCAUCCCAACGGCAAAAGAAAUGGAUCUGGUGGCUGGCUACCAUGUCCUAUCGGUUUGCGCUGCGAUUAAGACAUCUGGAGUGGACCAUCCAGGACAUGCCACCAAUGAGGAGACGUGCUUUUCGAACCCGGCAACGAAGCCUGUGUCAGACCACACUGGAUCUGUUACAGGACUUGUUUGACAUGGAAGGUUCCGCUCAUGAACCCAUGGUGGCUUCUGUUCGGGAGCACAUGGCAGACAGCUUUCUUGGAGAAACAAAGGAGGAAUCAUCAUCUUCUGAUUCUUCCAGAAGGACCAGUCCAAUUCGGCAAAGACCUUCGUCACCAACUCUGGCUCCGCAGUCUCCUGUCCCGGUACUUCCGCAAUCUCCAACCCUUUCACCAACCUUUGGACCGUCAAAACCAAAGAACAGCACGGUGCCACAAGGCCAGAGUUCACCGCAUCAACCAUAUGCGAACGUGUCAGUGGACUCGUUGAAUAAAGCUCAAGAUCAUCUAGGCCGAGGAAUCAAAGUACUUGGUCCAGUACUUGCCAAAUACAUGGAACCUCCAGAAGACAAUAGCAAUGCUUCCAAAGAGAAACCAAUUCGCCGUCGAAAACGAAGUGGUCCGGGAAACAAUUUGAACUCGGAAAAUACCGAAAAAACCGGAGACCCGCCACCAGCCAUUGCCGUGCAACUGUUCGGAUUGCAUUACAAAGCGGUGAAUGUCUCCUUGCGCCUGGCAGACUACCAUCUUCAAAACUAUUUCUCUUCUAGUGCCAUGCAAGAGCUUCGCAAUGCAGCACGUCGAAUGGCAAAGUUAGCUUUCUUGCAAAAGUACAUUACAUCGCCAGAUGUAUGGAUCCAACGAUUGCAGUUGCAGUAUAUUUGGUUAUGGGAGCACUGUGGACACUUUGCUAGGUCAUUCGCGUCGGAUGGUCUUUGGAGAGACCGUGGGCAUGCAUGUGGUGAUGACGUGAUAUCACUGCUUCGUGAUGUGGAUGAUGCUUUCUCCUUUCAAGCAUAUUGCAAACACUUUGAAAUGACUCUGAACGAUCCGUUUCCACAACUUACAAAGGGGAUGGUAAGCCUUCAAUCCUUAUCAGCCAUUGUCCGUCCAUUCAGACUUGAGCAAUAUAAUGGAGAAAAAUACAUUGAGGCUGCCAUAGCGGUCCUUUCCAAACAAGGGCAACUGCUCCGAGACAAGAGACAGGUGCUCGUUGCCUCUUGUAUUUCCUACAGUCGUGCAAUUUUGGCACUGCAGAACAUCCUUGAGGGGGUCGAUUCGCCCGAGACGACGUCGAGGCAGGAAUCAACCAAAAUCAAGCCAUUCGUUCUUGACCUUCUUCAAAAACGACUCGGCGAUGCAUGCAAUGAAACCGGGAAAGCAUUGCUGGAUGCUCUUAGAAAGCUAUUGACUGGAAGCUCAGACUCAAACACGGAGUCUACAAAUCUUGCAGCAAGAGUCUUGCUUGAUUCAGCAGAAUUCUGGUUUGACUAUGGCUUGGAAGCGUUCAGUCAAUGCAAAGAUUUACGCAAUCUAGCCUUGUUGCGGUGUAACCUUUGCCAAUGCUACAAACUUCGGACAAAUACUGGGUUUGUAGAGAAGGCCAAUGCAGCAUCACAUGUCGAAUCCUGCUUGGAAAAAGCUUGUCAUCAUUUGGAGGCUGCACACGAAGCCAUGGGCCAAAGGGACGUGGAUCCCAUGACAUGGGACAUGGUGAGCGAAGAACUCGCUGCCACAUUUCUGGUUCUAGCCGUUCGUCGCAGGCAAUCAUUACUAGGCGGAGGCAAUACGCCCAUUCUUUUUCAGUCACUGCGACUGAAUCCAGGGAAAGAGCGUUCCAUUUUGGAACCAAUGGAAAAGGCACUCAAAAUCUACGAGCAGUCGGGGAAUGCACAUCAGGCAGCUGCCGUGCACUAUCAACUUGCCUUGACCAACUCCAAAGUCUGGACUUGUCAAAGAGACGAGUCGAAGACAAGAGAGAAAUUGUCGGCUGCAUUUCAGCACUACAACAUGGCAUUUCACUAUUUCUCAACGUCACUCAGAGGCAACGAGCCAACCUUUGUCUUGCUGUGCCUAGAUUUGGCUAGUUUAUACGCUGCUGUGUCCGGUGAAGAGUGUCUAAUGAAAGCGCUAUCGACUUGCCUGGAUACCUAUGAGGUGUUCUCGCAAGAAUCGGUUGAACCAGUCUUGAAGACUAACAAGCAGGCAAAGGACUGGCUUGAAAAUAUGAAAACACUCGCAGAUAGUGUCGAAGAGAGGGUCUUCAAACUUUUGCGCAAUCUCAACAAAUUGGAAGGGCAAAAGUACAAAGAUGGGUACCGCGCAGGCCUUACAGCCAAAAUGACAGCAAGCCAGGAACAAGAAGAAGGAGAUCCAAGAGCGGCAAGUCUUUUCACCCUUCACCGAGUUCUGAUUGCCAUUCGAGCAACAUUCAAUGACUAG